GUUCUUCAAUUGCAAGGAAUGACUCAUUCCAAAAUAUUUCAUUUGACAGCAAAAGGAAACUUGCAAAAAUUGCAGGUGUUGGCAAUUGCUGUUUAUGAUGAGUUUUCAUCUGAUGUUAUAAAUAGGAAUGAUUAA